AUGGUCGGCAAAAAAAGAGAACGCAUUGGAGGCGACAUCCCCCCUGUGCCGCCCCGCCUGCGCAAGGACCCCGCCAUCUACGGCUAUAUCGUCGAAUCAUCCAACCGCGACCACUUUCGAGAAAUUAUUCGUCCUCAGAGGUCUGAUUUGAUGAUCAUGGACGCCAUCCUCGCAUCUGCGGACCGGGCGGGAGUGCCUGAAAUGGCGGUCUUCUUUUGUCACGUCGACACCAAAGACAUUGUCGAAGGCAACGACGGCCCGAUCUUCAUCAUGCUGGCCAUGAACAACCUCCGCAGAGACGGGACGCGCAAAGUCGUGGACUUCCGUCCACGCAUGGGAAACUUCGACGCGUGGAUCGAGUCCUUGGAGCUCAACGGUCCACCCAAGUGGAUGCGGGGCGAGAAAACGGCUAUGAGAGGCGCUAACCUUUGA